UGUAAUGUUAUUCGUCGUUUCCAUCUUGUAUCUAUGCAAAGUUUAGCACUUUAUCGGGAAUUUAUCCCUCUGUGCAAAAUAUCUAUGCCUAAACUAAAUAUCUAUGAAGACAUAGUGAAGUUUUGAGUUGAAUUCAAGCGAGGAUUGAUCGUGGAAACCUGUCUUUAACGACCACGUGUGGAGCUGACGAAGAUGGCUGAGAACGAUACCUCGAUGCGAGCGAACGGGCCUUCGAUUAGUGGCGUGUCUGCUGUAAAACCUUUUGUAUCGUCCUUAAUAAGCAAGAAGAGAGGAAAAUCUAGGAGGAAAAAUCUUUCUGCGAGCUCAAAAGCUGCUUGUUUACCACCGGACUUGGAUAUAGUAAGUGGUUUUGCUUUUCUAUCAUUCUCGAGUAUUGAGGAGCUUGAAUGUCACAUCGAAGACCAUGAAGUAAAUACUCGUAGCUUGAGCAUAAAUGUUGGGGGGAAACGUAAAAAAUCGACCCCUAGACAGCAAAAAAAUCUCAUUUAUACUGCUAAUGAUAGUGACUUUGUGCAUUCUAAAAGAAUCAGAACACCCUCACAAAAAGUACUAGAAAGUUAUGCUACUGCAAACUUAAAUCUUUAUAAAGUGAAGUCUAAUGUUUCUCGUGAGCUGAAGCAGACGAAGAUCAGACCAUUUCCAGGAAUGAAGGCUACCAGUACCAAUUCAUCGAUAGUAGAUUCCAAUUUUUUUCCAAAUUCUAGUGAUUUGAAGGAAAGAGAUGAAUACUUUACACCCCCUAAAGUUGAUUUAACUGCUGAAGAAAGUAAUGCUUCUGAAAUAUCUCUUGAAUGCUCAGGAAGAAUUGGUUUAUUCGAACCAAAACAGGAAGUAUAUCCUUCAAGUGUAUCAGUUAUUGAAUCGGUAUGCUCAACUGCUAUCGGAACAGAAGUCCCAGAGAAAAGGAAAAAGAAAAAAAGAAAACGAGAUAAAAGCAUCCAUGACCAAACAUGUCAGACAAUGUUUAGGAUUAAGAAGAAAAAGAAAGAUAUUGGAGAAAAUACUGUCAACAGUAUAAAGUCUGAGGAAAAGCAAAUUGAAAGCCCCUCUUCCUUCUUGAAAAUAGAAGAAGAAAAAAAGGAAAUUUCCAUUCCCUCUAAUUUCUUGAGAAAGGAUGCCUGUCAGCCAGAGAUCACUAAAGUUGUACUUACAGAACAUGAAAAAGUUACUCCUAGUUCAGCUACCAUGGAGACAGAUGCCAAUAUGAUUGAAGCAGAAGUCAGUGUAAUACAAGUAGAGGAUGAAAUUUACUCUCCAGCUGUUCCUCAUUUACAAACAAAAAGGCCAAAUAUUCAUGAUUUGAAAGUCCAAAGGAUCAAAGUUUCUAACAAAGUUGAAAAAAUUGAUUACUGUGCUCGUUCAGGUGGAGUAAGUCUUGUGGAACGACACCAUGAAAGGCAAAACAAGUACAAACAAGAUGAAUCUUCAGAGGAUGUUAGUUUUGGUCAGCAGUUACCAUCCCAGUGGGAGAACGACUCGCGUGGUAGUAGCAGUUGUGAUAUCAACACUGGAGCAGACAAUUUAUCAGAGAACAGUGGGAAUGAUAGUAGCAAUAACAGUAGCUAUGGUGAUCAAGAAGCUUGGCUGAAUCUGAAGAGCAGAAUAUUUUCUGGCUCUUCUUCUGUUUUUAUAAACUCCUUAGAUGAAUCAAAUGACACCUCGGAUAUUGACAUUGAGUCAAAUGAGCCUGAUGCCAACAAGCCAAGGAUUGACAUUGUCAAAGCGCUGCCCAAGAGCUAUUUGUUUGGACAUCUGAGUUCUUUCCCAGAUAAGACUACCAAAGGUACCAUAGAUGUCAGCAUUCAAGUUUAUGAAAAUGACAUUCAACUGUAUAUGAACUAUGCAGCUGAUUUCGAAGGAAGGAUUAUUAAGAUCAUAAUACCUGAUAAUGAAGACUCCAAGAGUAGUUGCUACCUAAAAUCUUCCUAUUUAUCAGGAUUGCCCAAGUUUCUCCAACCACAAGAGUAUGUAAAAGCAGUGCGGAGUGCUACAGAAAGAAACAGAAGGCACACCAUUGGAGAUCUGUUUUAUCGUCUAAAGGUUGAACUCUUUAAUGAUGUAAGAGAUUAUUACUUCAGUAAGCAGGCCAUUCUCACAAAGGCUAUUGAAACGUUGGAGCAGUAUGAAGUAGAAGGCCAGCUUUUAGAGUCUGAGAAGAACAUUGUUGGAAUGGAAAACAAGGAGCUAAGAAGUAGAUUGAAUUCUCUUCUGUUUGGUAAAGACCUUGAUGAUGAUAAACUGCUUGAUCUUAACAAGGUAACUGAACAUUUAAGGACUCUUGGCAUUGAAGUUGAAAUUCCACCAGAAGAAUCAAGCAAAGAUGGCAAGAUUUCUCAGGAAACUGAGGAUAAUAAAACUGAUGAUACUUCAAGUAAUCAACAGAAAAAACACAUCACAAGAAAAGGUAGACCACCUUCAGAAGGAAAACUCUUAAAGAGUUUGCAAACUGAUUCUCAAGCCAAAUUGCCAAAAAUACCAAAGCCAAGAGAACUCUCCAACUAUGUAAAGGCAGCUUUUAAUAACAAGAUGAAAGAGUUUGUAGCCAUUGCCCCUUCAGACAACAUUGAGACCCCUUCAGUAGAUCAGAGUACUGAUAAAGAAGCACCGAAAACCAGUAGCUCAAGUGUGGAUACAAGAGACAGCAUCCCACACACAAGAACAAGUGAUGCUGAGCAAAAGAAUUCUGCAAAUGAUUCUUCGGUUAACAAAAUCGUUUGCAAUUUAACCAAGUACAGGGUACACCAAAAACCCCAUGGCUCAGGUACUUUGACAAUAGUAACAAAACCUGAGCCUCUGAAAGGAAUUGAAAGUAAGAAUGUUGUCCAUAUCAAAAUUUCAAAUGACACAAUGAAACAAGUUAAUGUUCCAAGUAUUUCAGCAGUAAGUACCAAUAGCAAAAAUUCUGUCCCUCCAAGUACAAACAACAUUGAAAAUGAACAAACUAACCAAGAGGAUGUUGGUGCAGAGGUUUCAGCAUCAUGCAACACUAAAGAACUCCAAGGAACAUCAAAGCCAACAAACAGAGUUUUCACACCCUUGGUCGUGGGCAUAAACUCCUCAAGUGUAGCUGCUACGGUCACAAAAGGUACUUUUGUCCAGCGUAAUUUGGAAGCUUUAACCCCUGAGGACGGUAAAAACACAAGUGUUCACCUUGCUUCCUCAAAGAACAAGGUAAUAUUAGAACAGUCAAAGGAGGAAACACAUGGAGUAGAUGAUAACCAAUCUCAAGCUAAAGUUAGUGAGACUGAGAACAUGAAGAAAAGACCUGAAGGAAUUGCUGAAGAAAGUGCUGCAUCAUCAUCAAUAGAGGAAUCCUUGUGUCCUGAAGGAACCACUAAAGACAAAGUUCAACAUCAUGGCUUAAUAGAUACAACAGUCAGCAAAGAAGUCACCACAGCAACAGAACAAGCAGCUACUAGUGAGGGAUCAAAGGAUGUCAGUGAAAGAGGAACUGGAACUACAACAACUUCUAUUUUAGCAAAACCACAAUGUUCACCCCAGGUUAAUGUCUCACAAACAGUGUCUCAACAUCAAACAAUGCUUUCUGUGCAGGAGAAGCACACUGCAAAUAGGCCAUUACAAGAAAAACCUUUGAUUACUUUUGCGAAGAUGCAGCAAAACCAAAUGGUUCCAAUUGCAACAACGAAGCAAGUGGUAACAGCCAAAAUAAACGCUCAUCAGACUCUUAAAACAUCACCUAUGACAGCAAAAUCUACAUUAUCUUUGUCUGUACUCAAAUUGAAACAGCUGAGACCAGCCCCAUCGGCAACGCAACGAAAUGUUACUUUGAUACCCAUGACAGCUAAUACUAUGGCAACACAAGGUACCACUAUGUUACAGAUGACUCCAACAACAUUGACAAAAGGGGUAACGUCAAAAAGUAUCUCAAUGUUACCAACCGUGACAACAAAUGUUACCAUGUUAACACAUAGCACAGGGAUGGUACAGAUGAUACCAUCAAUGGCAAACAAGCUAGUAACACCACGAAGUAUUGCAGUGUUACCUUUGUCAGGAAAUGUUACUAUGGCAACGCACAGCACAGCAGUAACAAAGUUAGUAACAACGGCGGCCCCACAGAGUAUUACAGUAUUACCCAUGGGCACUAAAGGCAAGCCUAUAAUACAAGUACCACAAGCAACUGGAUCUAAGGUAGCAUUGCAGCAAGGUAUCUCAGUGAGGAGUCCCACUAUGACACAACCACCAGCAUCAGGUUAUGUCACACUUGUGCAUACACCUUCUUCAAAGACACCUGCAUUAAAUCAGAAAACAUUUAUUGUCCCCAGUUCUUCACUUUCUGGUACAGCAGCGCCAUUCAAACUUGUCUUCAAGCCAACCAGUCAACCACAAGUCUUUAAUACUCCAUUUCCACAAAUAAAAGGUGCACUACAGUCUUCAAAUGUCAUAGGGCUGCCCAAUGCUAAAACUGCUCCCAUACAGCAGAGUAAUACUUCUGUAUCCACAAGUAUGACCACACAUCCUACAGGAACAUUGAACACCAAGGUUGUGUUUCAAGAUAAAGUACCAGUCUCAAACAAGCAAGGCAGUCUUCAAAAUACUGGCAAUACAACCAAUGUUCCUGUUCAGUAUAGACAGUUGAUAAUGAAGGCUCCUCCAGUACAUGUAGCAAGUGUGUCUCAACCAACACAAACUAAAACACUUGUAAGGGUUCAGCAAGCUACAUCUACACCAAUACUGUCAUCAAUGUCUCCAGGACCUGAACAGCAAACCAAAGCACCAAUGCCUUUAACAGAGCUUGUUCAUCUUUCUUCUGAAGGUAAAGACUUCGUAAUUAAGCCCUCGACUACAAUUGGUAUCCCUGUUCUAUCUACUGCUAGCAGCCUCAGGCAGUUGCUGGUUUCAGGCCCUGUUAAUACACAAGUAAUGCUGCAAGAUCCUCCAAAACCUUCAAGCAUGCAUUCAAAUGUACAUACUAGUUUAGCAGCUGGAAGCAGGUCAAUGGCUACAUUUAAUAUUGCUGUACCACAAAGUGGCUCACUGCAAAACUCAACUUCAAGACUUGUCUCACAUGGUAAUAAAGAUAAAGACAAGAGAUUACCAGAAGCACAUGUUUUAGAUUUGACACCCAAAACCACUCCAGCCUCAGUAGGAUCAAAGGAAACAUUUUCAGAAAUUGAAAAGAUCCUUGCAAAAAUACCUUUACCAAAAGUAACCAACAGUAUGGCACCAAGUAGUGGAAACACUCCUGGCUUCAGUACUCCUACUAGUGAUUUAAGGUUGAAUAUUGCCAACCUAAGUUGUCCACAGAAUUUGGAUUAUAGUAUGAGGUCAAUGAAUAAAGCAGUAAGUGGAAACAUUGAUGCAGCCACAGCCAUCCACAGCAUGGAAAGACAAGUCUUCAAUAUUGUUGUUGGACCACAGAAAAUUGCUGAUACAUUCUUACCCCAGUCUCAGAUGAUAACAAGCAGUACAAAGAGUCUGCCUGUUACUACAUCUGUGUCUCCUAGAGACAGAAUACCUUGUACCAGCAGUCCUACUUUGGAAGUCACGAGAUCUACAUCAGUAAGUUUUUCAAGUACCUGCAUUUCGACGGCAGCAUCAUUUGACGACCCUAAACCUAAGGGGGACAAGACAUGCUCAGUCGUUGAUAGCCCUGAAGUAGUAAGUCACAUGGUAUCAGCAGAUACCUUGUCUGUUUGUAAUAUAGACAGUUCUAUUCCAGAUAUUGCYGGGGAGCUAUCAAGUCAGAUCGAUCCUGCAUCACACAGAUUUUCAAGCCUGAAGUCUACUAUAAAAGAGUGGUCAGGGAAUAAGGAAACUUUGCUCCCUAAUAAAGGAACAAAUAAAGAAAAGAAAAGUGGGCCUAACUUAGGAUUUCAAGAUGAAAGCACUGCUGAGGACUUUGAUCUUCUUUCUACAUUUAAAUGGAACAACAAUAAUGCACCUAAUGAAAGCAGUGCAGUUAUUUCUUCUGGACAUGCAUACAAAACAGGAGAUACUUAAACAAUAACCUUUAUCAGGUAGCUAAAGGGUGCAAAAGCUAGAGUGUAAAUAUAAAGUCAUGGAAAAGUACUAACUUGCACUGUCUCAAGAUUGUUUUUUUUAAAAAUGAAAAAGGAUUUGCAUUAUUUAGUUUUAGUACUUUUUCACAGGUUUUCUGUUUGCACUGUAAUACCAAUCAAAAUGGGAAAGUGAUGUUGGAAACGAUGAACAAUCAUGCUAGACACACUAGAGGCAGAUCCAAGGGGAAUUUCGAAUUGUUUGUUUGACCCUUUGUUCUGCAAUCAAACCCCUCUUAAAGACAGACAUUGUUAAUUUGAAAUUCAUUUGUUAUGAUUUUAGCCAAACCUCAUUGUCAUUUAAAAUUCCUCAUGGGUUUGCAGCUGCUAUGGUAAUUUAUUUUCAUCAUUAUUCAUUAUUAUAUCGAAUACAAUCAUUAAAACAACAGAUUUUAUAGCUGCAAAAUCACCUUUCACAURGUGGUGCUGAGAUUCAAAAUGAAUCUAAUCUUUAAUACCAAUCAUAACACAUAAUGAAAAAAAAUUCCUUGGCUCCUGUACCAUAACAUUCUCUACGCAUGUAUAUAAUUAUAUAAAAACUGUUCCAUCAGAAAUAAUAUUCUAAUACAGUACCAUAUUGU